AUGGUUGAAGCGGAUCAGGAAGUGCAGAUAGCAGCUGCUGGUGAUGAGGCUACGAAUGACGGACUGUCGGAAAUCUCGGCGGUCGCAUCAUCAGGUACCAGUGUCAGCAGCUCUCUUCUGGAAUACCGCAUUGAGAAUGGCAGAACCUACCAUCGGUACAAGGACGGCAAAUACUCUUGGCCCAACGACGAGAAGGAAGCCGAGAGAUUAGAUAUGUUGCACGAGAUUUGGAUCUAUACGCUGGAUGACAGACUCGGCCUGGCUCCCCCCUGCGAUCCCAACGCCAAAGUUGGAAGAGUACUCGAUGUUGGUACAGGAACAGGGAUCUGGGCUCUUGAUUUCGGAGAGGAGCAUCCCGAAGCUGAGGUUCUCGGAGUAGAUCUCUCUCAUACUUUGCUGACUUUUACGCUCCCUAACGUCGCAUUCGAGAUCGAUGAUCUAGAGGAGGAUUGGACCUACUCGAAGCCUUUCGACUACAUCCACAGCCGAUUGCUGACCUCGGCCGUCAGCGACUGGAAGAUGUACCUUGCCAAGUGCUUUGAAAACCUAACAACAGGCGGCUGGCUAGAGCUUCAGGAAGCAGAUGUCUGGCCCUUCUCCGAUGAUAACACGUUCCCCAAAGACAGCGCGUUCGCUAGGAUGGCAAUCUUGCUCAAGGAAGCGGCUGCGAAGAUGGGACGCCCCUGGUUUGACCUGCCGUCCCUAAAGACUAUCAUGCUUGAGGUUGGAUUCGUUGAUGUUAGAUUGAAACUCCACAAGUGGCCUAUCAACGACUGGCCCAAGGAUCAGCGAUAUAAAAAUAUCGGCACCUGGACGUACGACAACGUCACCAAUGGUUUGGAGGCUAUGGUCAUGGCGCCUUACACCCGCGCCCUCGAAUGGACGCGCAACGAGGUCAACACCUUCCUCAUCGACGUGCGCAAGGAUCUGAAGAACAGACAAUUCCACGCCUAUUACCCGGUGUAA